AUGGAUUUCACUUAUUGCGAAUUUCCCUGCACGGUGUCACUCGACACCUUCAAGGCCUACUUCAAUCCCAAUGAUGUGAAGCUGCCCAAAAUCAGCGGCAAGUCAUUGCUGAGCAGCCAGCCCGGACUUGCCGAUGCCGCCGGCAGCAACAACAACGAAUGCCAAACAAAUCAAGUGAAAAGUUUGCGACAUCUUGUGCUCGAUGCCAUUGUGGAAAACUGGAGUGAGGUUCCCCUCUACGAGCAGCUGCCGCGACACGAGGACCGUAACUACAUACUCAGUCAGUUGGAUGUGGAACUGCCGCUGGAACUGCUCAGCGCCCACAUAAGCGACGAUUAUUUCUGGGAGCGUUCUUUUCAGCAGCGGUGGCGUUCCGCGACAAUGCAGCUGCGCGGACGGGAGCGGCCAUGGAUUAACAUUUACAUGGAACGACAUCUGCAGGAGUUUAUUGAAAAUAUGCAAACCGGCGACUAUGAGCCGGAGGGCAAUGUGCAGACGACAUUGGACAUCUGUGCGGCAUAUAUAAAUCAAUUGGAGAUAAAUCAGCUACAGCCCGCUCCUCCGGGCAGCGACACCAAUGAUCACAUUCCACUUGAUUACCUGCUCGCCAAUCUGCCGGAUUUACAGAGGCUGCGGCUCAGCUAUUGCACCAAGACGGCCGGCUGUAAUUAUCAAUUGGGCUGCAAUCAACUCUCCUCACGCGACAUUGCGUUGCUGGCCAAAGGACUGAGUCAGUGCCACGAGUUGCGCUCCUUCUGCAUACACAACACAAAACUGGCACCGUAUCAGCUCCGACUCUUCGCCCAUUGUCUGGACAAGGGCUGCCAUCACCUCAACGCCCUCUCACUGAUGCACUGCGCCAUCGGUGAUGCGGGCAUACGAAGCUUUAUGGAGAACUGCACCAAAGAAUCUUUUGCCACGCUCACCAUGCUCGAUCUGACCAAUAAUAGGAUAACUGAGGAGGGUGCCUACAUACUGAGUCGCACUCUGCAGCACGUGCCCCUGCAACACCUAGUGUUGCGCCUCAAUCCCAUUCAGAGCGAUGGCGCUGCCGCCAUUUUCAAUACGCUGCAAGUAAUGCCCAUCAAGGUGCUGGACUUGGGCUCCUGCUCCAUCACGGAAUCCAUUACGAAACUAUUUAUGUUGCUCAUGUGUCAGCACAAGACACUGCUGGAGAUCGAUUUGUCCAACAAUUGUCUGGGCGAGGAUUUUGGCAAACACUUGCUUAAGGUCUUGGGGCUGAAUAAGAUACUGGAGCAUUUGGAUUUGCGAAAUACAGGCAUGUCCAUGGACAUGCGCCACAAAUUCAAAACAUUUCUGCUAAAAAAUGUGGAGCGGAAGAAACAUGAGGCUCUGAAGAAAAUGCAACGUGAAAAAUUUAUGGCCAUGAUGCAGCUUUGA